CUUGUUAUGACGGAAAGCGAUGAAUUGCACAUCCUGCAUCAGUUCUAAGAAGAAAGUGAAAGAAAAUGGCAGUUUCGGAGGUUUGUGGGGAUACGAGUAUCAACUCAAGUUUCAUGGGUGAAGUGAUGUCUUCAUACAAUUCACAUGAGGAUAGAAACAAUCUUUUGGAUGAGGUCGAUCGAAGCCCUCGCUCACCGAAUGCGAUAAGACCAUGCUUCUACAUAUUACAGAUCUUGGGCAUGUGGAAACCUAAAAACGGCAAGUUUGAAUUUUUAUGGCAAGUUUAUCGGGUGUUUGUGUAUAUCGUCUGGUCAGGAUGUCUCGCAUCUAUUAUGUGUUUGGAUUUUGUUCACUAUGGCUUUAAUACGAAAAGGAUUCAUUUCAGGGAAGUCACGAAUAGCGCUUGUACUUGCAUCGAUUUCCUGUGCCCUUUCGUGUUCACUCUGUAUUAUUUCAACCGCGGUCAGUUUGUAGAGUUGGUCUUCAAAGUACAGAAUGUUUCUCAUGGGUGGAAGCAGAAGUUACGCCGUAUUUCUCUCUGGUACACUCUGAUGUCUGUUAUUCUCUGGGUGCUCUGUGCCACAUUUUUCAUGGUUCACUGGUUUCCGUUCUUCUCUGAGUGGUGGCACUACGCAGUUUACAUACCCGCGGUUGUUUACAUCGCAGGCUGGUGGGCAACAUGGCUCAGUAUCUAUGGAUUUGUUUGCCAUGUCCAUAGUCUACAAAUUGAUACCGUUAUAGAACAUAUGAGGAUGAGAGAACGCCGGCCAAUUUCCAUUUUACGAGAACACUUUGAGCUUCAGCAAUCAAUAGAGAAAACGCAGAAAGAUUUCACUGUCAUCAUUUCUAUGGCUGUAGCAUAUCAUAUAUUGGAUUUGCUAGUUUUUAGUUUUGCGUAUUUUAAUUCAGCCUUUGGUAGCGACUACCCUAUCUGGCAAUAUGUCGGUACUGUACUUUUCGAUUUGCUUAGUAUUAUUUUCAAGCUCUACCCUCCGGCUCUUGUGGCAGCAGCAUCACAUCGCAUAGUUGUAGAGGCUUCAAAAGGAUGCAGGAGAAGCCUCCACUCGGCAGACCUACCUACAGAAGAUAUACAGUUAUUCCAGUACAUGGCACUGUGCGAGCCAGACAUGGGUCUCAAAAUUCUUGGAAUUCGUAUCACUGUAGAAUUAACAGUGAAGAUUCUUAUGACAAUUGUCACUGCUGGUGUAUCAUUUAUAGCUUUUGUUAUACCUCGGCUCAAGUAGAUGAAUUAUUCCAUGCUGUUUUUUUUCUACAGUAGACUCAUUCAGCAAGUAAAAAUGUAUUAGUUUUCUGUGAACAGCCAUAAUGUUGGAUACCUUAACGCCGAAGGAGAGGUAGAUGGACUCAUUCCGAAAGCGCAGUUUUUCAGCCAAGCCAGAAUAAAUUAACUUUUUACCCCUUUUUAACUCGUGAAUUGCGCGCAUGCGCAAGAGCGAGUUGUAGAUACGAUGAGGGGAAUGGCACUCGCUCGCUCGAUUGGUCGUUUCCCGUAAACUUUUUUUCGAUUUUAGUUUCAACAAGCGGCGCCAGCGACUGGCAGGCAUGUAAGGAUUCACACUGAAAUAACAGAACAACCUUCGUUUUUCAUAUAAUUGUAAUUUACAAUCCUUGAACUUGAAAACAAUCCGAAGAUUCAUUGAAAAUAUCACUUACUGCGAAGCGCUCGGAGUUUACAGAUGUUCAAAAGCUUUUUCUAUUACGGCGUGAGAUUGAGGACAAAAUCGAUCAUUACGUUUCGUGUCGUGUGUUUUUCCUGUUGAUAAAGAGGGAAUCGUUAAUGUUUUCAUUAAGAAAGUAUUGCCUUGAUUUUCUAAUAUUUACAAUGAGAGACAGUAAAUUUACUUCCAACCUUUUCUUUUGAACCAGAAACAGAAAUGAUAAUCGUUUAAAACACAUGACAUCAUCCACCCUUGUCAAAUGCAAUAACAUGAUCAUUUCAAUUGUAAUGCCUUCUCAUCCCAACGUUACUUAGUUUCUUUGCUACAUUAGCGAACACUGAACUACUGCUCGUACUCCACUGAGAUAUGACAAUCAACCACAAAAUUCCCUAAACCAGAUAACAUUAAUCCAAAAAAUCAUGUGUCAAUUCACGAGUUUGCUCACAGAGCGCUUUGAUUUUUUUCAACAUUAAAAAUUGUGAUAAUUUCUUCUGCGAAAACAAAAUUAAAGAUUGUUAUUAAAUUUUAUAAAUGAUGUACAUUUCAGCAUUCCAAAGAUCUGAUUUUUUCGAACUUCCGUGAUGUCUUCACAUUAAAGAAUCGAUCUCUGCGCAGUCUUCUCAGAGAUUCAAAAGCACGGUUGAUCAAAUUUAAAACUCAACACCUUGCCGAAGCCUGUUAGAUGUCAUUUUCGGCUCGACCGUAAAGGAAAGACCAUUCAUUUUCUAGAGACCUUGACACAUUUAUUUUCAUUUACUUUCAGCAGCUACUUGUUUUUGCCCACAAAGGUUGCUCAGGGUUUAUGCCUGGCCUUCUUAAAGAAUUUAUGGUAAAACGCGAGACUAAGUAUAGUUAAACAAGUAAUAAAGAAAAUCCCCUCUGAAUUUUACACAUUUUAAUUUGUUUGUACCUUAAGUAGGUAGAAUCUUAAUCAUAUAUUAGUAUUUUUAAUUGCUACUGUAUU